AUGGAACAGCAUAGCCUUGCCAUGGAAGAGCAAGCCCAAAUUUGGAAAUAUGUCUUUGGGUUCGUGGACUCUGCGGUGGCCAAAUGCGCAAUUGAGCUAGGCUUGGAUGUCAACUCGGUGGUGGAUGUCGGGGGAGGCACUGGCACUGCUCUGAGGGCCACUAUUGAGGCCUACCCUCACAUUCGAGGCAUCAAUUUCGACUUGCCACAUGUGGUUGAUGCCUGUGUGGAGCAACAAGGUGUGGUGCAUAUGGGAGGCGGCAUGUUCGUUGCCAUACCAAAGGCAGAUGUUGCUCUCCUCAUGCGGGUUUUGCAUGAUUGGGGAGACGAAGAGUGCAUAGCCAUAUUGAAAAAUUGUAGAGAGGCGAUCCCCAUGGAGAGAAAGAAAGUGGUGAUCGUGGAGAUUGUAAUACGUGAGGAGGAAAAGCAAGAGUUAAGUGACACAAGGUUGGCCCUAGACAUGAUCAUGCUGGCUCCCACCAACACAGGUAAGGAGAAGACAGCUCAAGAGUGGAGCCAUGUCUUAUGUGAGGCUUGAUUUAGGA